GCAGGGGCGCAGCGGCCCUGGCCAUGGGAGGUGGCCGGCAGGGGCGGGGCUGGAAGUGGCCCCUCGGGCCGGAUGGGACCGGACCGAACCCAGCCCGACCGGCAGGGCAGUGUAUUGUAGUGUAGAGUAGCGUGGGAUUGGCUGGUCAGGAGUUGGGGCCGUCUUCGUUCCGCCUCUAACGGCUUCCCUGGGCCGCUGUUUCGCUUCCUGGCUGCAGAAGAAACAGCGGGGCCAGGCGUUCUUGUCUCUAGCGCGUUUUUGCGCGAGGUGGAGGUCAGUCUCUUUAGUACCAGGUGAUAGGACAAGAGGAGAUUGUCUGCAGUUGUGCCAGGCUUUUCAUGGAGACAGCUGGAAACUGUAGGAAGAAACGUGCCAGAGUGCAACCCAGUCCCCUACCACACCUGAAAGAAGCAGAGCUCUGCGUGGCAAAGCAGCACUUGUCGCAGUCGCACCAGCGGGCUGUGCUCACAAGACUCUUCAUCAGCUUGCGGGAGGCUGUUCUAUCCCAGUCAGACAGCUCAGCCUCAAAGUAUCAGGUCUUGCGUAAGGCUAAGAAAGCUAUCCAGAAGCUGGAGCAAACCUUGGCUUCAGUGCUGGAGAUGAAAGAGUCCUUCAGUCUGGAGGAUGGGAACCCAUCCAGCCUGGAGGAAGUCAGGGAGGAAUAUGUCAAGAGGCACUUCAGCAAUCACAGCGCUGCAUCAGCCUGUGAAACUGUGAGCGAGAGCGACUCUGCAGCCUGGGGUGUGAUUCCAGGAUGGGAAAAACAAGCAGUGGAGGAGGAUGGGAAGCCAGAGUUUAUCCAGUCUGCAGACACAGCAUGCCCAGACCUGGUAGAGUUUGAGAGAUACUUGUAUUUUUAUAAGCACACAGUGGACCUGCUGAUAGAGCAUGGAAUUGUUUGUGCCGAGGAGCUGCCUCUUCCUGAGGUCUCCACAGCUGUUUCCCACUUCUGGCAAGAGCUUUCUGAAGAAAGGAGAGACAGCAUCUUGCAGUAUUGUAGCCAGAGAGAUUUCCUCAUGGAUCCUAAGCCUGCUUGCCCAGAGCCUGCCUGCCCUGCAGGUAGUGUGAGGGACAGCCGAGGUAACAGCGAGGAAGCCAGUGGCUCCUCAGUCUCCACACCAGAGGAAGUAAAGUUUGAAGAUGCUUUUGAUGUUGUUGCUGCUUUCCUUGACAGAAGCCAGACUCAGGGAAUGUCUAGCCAGAGUUCAGCAUAUGCAGAAUGCCCUUCUGAAAAUCCAGUGGAUCACCACAGACUCUAUCUGCAGAUCACUGACUUCCUGAAGAGCCUCUUCUUUCCCAGUACACAGCUUUGCCAGGAGGAAGAUCUCCAGUUCGAUUAUGUGACUGUGAUGCUGAGGUGCACCGAGACCUUCGACGAUGAAGAUUUCUAAGCGGUGCCUCUGCUUGCUGCUGUUCCGCCCAGCGUCGCUGGGGCCAGCAGGCAUGCGAGGAGGCUGCACCUCUUGCAGUGAAGCACCUCUCGGAGCAGAGUGUGGACGUGCUGUGUUACAGUGGUUCGUUCCUGUUGGCUUCCCGUUCCCUCAGCAGUGUUUCUGGAUACAUCAGUUGAGCAGUUAAUUUAUAGCUUGAGUCAUUUAAAAGUUUCAGGCUUUAGACGUCUUCUGAGCUCUUCACAACUGCUUUUCUCUGUUGCUUUCUAAUGUUUAACCUCACUUCAAGAGUAAACCGAGGCAAGGGGAAGAGCUGCAGAGAGAUCACACCAGUGGCUGCCCUGCAGGAUGCAGGUCUCAAAUUGCAGCCUGCAGAGAUCACAGAGUGCCCUGCACCUUGGCACUGGUAACUUCUCUGGUGCAGCUUUUCCUCUUGGCCCUGAUAAGUGGAAUUUUCUCACCGAGGGUGAGAUGAGGCUCGACCCUCUCUUGAUGAGGACAGCAGCAGUGGCCACCCACUGCCAGAUCACCCAGAGAAGUGCAGGCACAGGAAUACACUUUGGAUUAUUUACUUCUGCAAAGUGUCUAAAGCCAAGGGGUUUGCCCUGUGCUCUUCUGCCACAUCUCAUCCCGUGAUGAGCAGUGCUACUCAGAUGGGGUCUUGGAAUGUAAAAUGCUGUAAAGAUGAAUAAAAUCCUUCACAGCUUGAAGCUAUCAUUAAA